UAUGCACAGUUCAACAGAGGCCAAAAGAUUGGAACAACUUAUGAAUAUCCGUCAGUUUAGAGUUUAGGGUGACGUUCAGAAUGCUUGGCAGUUUGGCUGCAGCAGCACAUUGAGAACUUUUCCUAUGAACAUUAACUAGGGCCAAGAAGAGUGUGCAUUUCAGCAAAAAAAAAAGUGGCUGUAAAUUCAAAAGAAAACGUUAUUCCCGUUUGCCUCACGAUGGAUUGUAUUUAUUUUAUACUGUCCUGUUUUGUUAGUUUAUUAUUUUUGGAUUCCUGGCAAGCUGCAAAACCUUCAGCUAAUCUCUCUGGAAGUUUAAGUGAAUAUGGUCUUAUCGUGCCGUUCAGCACCGACUCCCAGGGCCGGUAUAUUUCUCACGUGGUCUCAGCAGCUGGAAGUACAGGCGCCGGGUCGCCAUCCAAGAGGAGAGUGGCCCGCAGCGCCCCCGACACCCAGACAUACGACUCGACGGGUGAACAGUUGUUUUUCAAUGUCACCGUUUUUGGGAGGGAUUUGCAUUUGCGUCUAAAACCCAACAGGAGGCUUGUUGCGCCGGGGGCCUUUGUGGAAUGGCAAGAAGACUUUGAAAACAUUUCUAAGGGACGCGUUCAUGGCGAUUGCGUUUUCACUGGGGAUGUAACGGACAUGCCAAAGGCGACAGUGGCUAUAAGCAACUGUGACGGACUGGCAGGCCUGAUUCGCACUGAUAAUGGAGAGUUUUUCAUUGAGCCCUUAGAGAAGGGGCAGCAGGAAGUGGAAGAGAAGGGGCGAGUUCACGUGGUGUACCGCAGGUCUGCCAGCAGAAGGGAAUCCGGCAGCACAAGGGAGGACCUCCACAAUGAAGUGCCGGAUUUUGGAAUCAGCGAACUUCCCAAUACACUGGAGCUCAUGGAGCGCAGACUGGGGGAGUCACAUCGGAAACGGAGACAUGCCAAAAAGGAAGACUACAACAUCGAGGUGCUGCUUGCGGUCGACGAUUCGGUAGUGCGAUUCCAUGGAAAGGAACAUGUCCAAAACUAUGUUCUCACGCUCAUGAACAUAGUGGAUGAGAUUUACCAUGAUGAGUCACUGGGAACAAACAUCAAUGUGGUUCUUGUUCGGAUGAUUAUGAUUGGAUAUCGACAGUCCAUCGGUCUGAUCGAGCAAGGGAACCCUUCUCGGAGUCUGGAGCAAGUCUGUCGAUGGGCUAACGCCCAGCAGCGCCGAGACCCAGACCAUGCAGAAUACCACGACCAUGCCAUCUUUCUGACAAGGCAAGACUUUGGUCCCGCAGGUAUGCAAGGUUAUGCUCCGGUUACGGGGAUGUGCCACCCUCUGAGAAGCUGCACACUGAAUCAUGAAGACGGCUUCUCCUCUGCCUUUGUGGUGGCUCAUGAGACCGGCCAUGUGUUAGGUAUGGAACACGAUGGCCAGGGGAAUCGCUGUGCUGAUGAGACCAGCAUGGGGAGCAUCAUGGCUCCUCUGGUGCAGGCUGCCUUUCACCGCUACCACUGGUCUCGCUGCAGCAAGCAGGAGCUCAACAGAUACAUACACUCUUAUGACUGUCUACUUGAUGAUCCCUUUGAGCACAAAUGGCCCAAACUCCCGGAGCUUCCUGGGAUCAACUACUCUAUGGAUGAACAGUGUCGCUUUGAUUUUGGAGUGGGAUACAAAAUGUGCACUGCUUUUCGAACAUACGACCCCUGUAAACAGCUGUGGUGCAGCCACCCAGAUAAUCAAUAUUUCUGUAAAACUAAGAAGGGACCACCAGUAGAUGGGACAGAAUGUGCUCCAGGAAAGUGGUGCUUUAAGGGCCACUGCAUCUGGAGGUCUGCCCAGCAGCCCUAUAGUCACGACGGAAGCUGGGGCUCCUGGAACAAAUUUGGCUCCUGCUCCAGGUCUUGCGGAGGCGGAGUGCGUUCCCGCAGCAGGCAGUGCAACAACCCACCACCUGCGUAUGGCGGACGAGACUGCCCCGGAUCAGCCUUUGAGUAUCAGAUAUGUAAUACAGAAGAGUGUGCUGGCCCUUAUGAAGAUUUCCGUGCACAGCAAUGCAUUCAGCGAAGCAACAAAUAUCACAAAAACGUCAAACAUACAUGGCUGCCGUAUGAACAUCCAGAUGAGGCCCAUAAGUGUGAGCUGAUCUGCCAGUCGAAGGAAACAGGUGAAGUGGUUUUCAUGAACCAGGUGAUGCAUGAUGGGACACGCUGCAGUUACAAAGACUCUUUUAGUGUCUGUGCCCGUGGAGAAUGCCUGCACGUGGGAUGCGAUAAAGAGGUUGGAUCUUACAAACAAGAGGAUAAGUGUGGAGUAUGCAGUGGGGACAAUUCUCACUGCCGGACUGUCAAAUUAACACUAACCAAGACCCCCAAGAAGCUGGGAAUGCUGAAGAUGUUUGAUAUCCCUGCUGGGGCAAGGCACAUUUUAAUAGAGGAAAAUGAAACCUCUCCCCAUGUCAUUGCUGUUAAAAACCAAAUAACAGGCAACUUCAUACUAAAUGCAAAAAGUGAAGAUGCCAAAUCCAAAACGUUCAUCGACAGCGGUUUGGAGUGGGAAUAUACCUUUGGAGAAGGGAAAGAAUCCCUGAAAACAACUGGCCCCCUGCAUGAAGGCAUUGUCAUCCUGGUUAUUCCUCAAGAAGACGACUCCAAGAUCAGCCUGACGUACAAGUACAUCAUUCACGAAGACCUGCUACCAGUGAUCGGCAAUAAUAACGUCUUGUUAGCUGAGCUCGACACUUAUGAAUGGGCCUUAAAGAGCUGGUCACAGUGCUCCAAACCCUGUGGGGGAGGAAUACAGUACACAAAAUAUGGAUGCAGAAGAAAAAGUGACAGCAGGAUGGUGCAUCGGAACUUCUGCGAAACAAGCAAGAAACCCAAACCAAUCAGAAAACGAUGCAAUGUUAACGAAUGCAGUCAACCAGCGUGGAUGGCUGAAGACUGGAAUCCCUGCAGCAAAACGUGUGGGAAACUGGGAUUCCAGUCACGAGUAGUGCAGUGUGUUCAGGCACUGCACAAUGGCACGAACCGCACAGUCCACACUAAGUACUGCACUGAGGAACGUCCUGAGACACGCAGACCCUGCAGCCGCUCUCCCUGUCCUGCACAGUGGAGAACAGGAGCCUGGUCUCAGUGCUCUGUGAGUUGUGGUGAGGGAAUUCAACAGCGGCAGGUUGUGUGCAGAUCUACCGAUAACAGCAUAGGGCACUGUGAGGGGCCGAAGCCAGAAACAGUGCUCAUCUGUAAACUGGAGUCCUGUCCAGGGAAAUCAGUGUUACCCUCCACAAGCAUGGAAACUGUGGAGAAUGUGACCCCAAAGGUACAAUGGGUAUCUCAGAUCGCUCCAGAAAGCCCUGUUAAUAAAAUUUCUACAAAUGAGCCGUGCCUUGGUGAUAAAUCCAUCUUCUGCCAGAUGGAGGUCCUGGCUCGCUACUGCUCCAUUCCGGGCUACAACAAGCUGUGCUGCGAGUCCUGUAACAAGCAAGUAGCUGGAACUACGCUGCCACCCGGUUUUGACAAAGCUACUUCUGCACUGGGGGAUUUGGGGACCACCACCGCCCAGCCCAGCCCUCUCCCCUCGCCGGAAAUGGUCGGCCCCAUGGCACAGAGCCGACCUCCCACGACCAAAGCUGCUGCUAGGAAACUGAAAGCUAAGUCGCCCGCCCCCACCGUCGAUCCCGGGAGUCUCAGGCCCGCCGGCCCCUCGGCGGCGAGCUCCCCGGCUCGCUCUCAGGGCACCGCUGGCAACGCGUCGCCGCUGGGGCAGGAGGACCCGGGAGACGCGGCCACUCUACCUCCAGGCCACAGAACGGCAGGGGCGGGUGCCGAGCGUGCCCCCGAAGCCGCCGCCGCCGCCCCGCGGAGGCCUGCCUCAGACCCAAGCAGAAACACGCCUGGCAAAAACAGCCGAAACAGCACUGCAGGCGCCUCAGGGUUACCCAGAUCAAGAAGGGAUGGCUUGGGAUCUGAGAGGGACCUGACGCACAGAACCAUGCCCGUGGUGACAUGAACAGGGACACCCUCCGUGGCUGUGCCAAACCACAAUGCCCUCACAUUCAGAAGCUAACAGUUUUGAACUUUGUAUUCAUUUGUUUGAUGCUGAGGCCCGUUUUGCAACCGGUUGGCUGAAAGAAUUGUUGUUGUACAAAUGGACUUUCACCAGUAGUGGUUAUACCUCAAAACUGGUCAAUUUCAUGCACAAAUCCUGCAUUACAGAAAAUCCUCUGCUCAAAAUGAGAAACGGAAGGACAAAACUCAAGGUGCUAUAAUCUCAAAGGACUACGAGACAGGCUAACAAUGUCUUGGAUCAGUGGACAAGUGUCUUAACAUAUUAUUUAAGUGCAUCAGAACUACUGUUGUACUGAUUUUGUGAAGAUAUGAGGUAUUAACUAAAUACCUUAUAUGGGCGCUGUGAUUUGCAGAACUUGACACUGAAUAGGGACUACGUAUAUAAAUCCUUGUUUUAGUGGUCAAUUGUUAACACGCUCCUAAAAAUCAGUUUCCAAAAUUUAUUUUCCCAAAGAAUGAUUUUAAUUGGAACACAUUGCUGCCCAGCUAUCUAUGGUAACACAUCACUCUCACAUUCUAUAAAAUACGAAUUACCUUUGUGAAACUUUGUGAAACUACAUAUACAGUACUUGUGUUAAAUUCAAAUUGUUUUUUUAAUAACUUGAUAUAUUUUCAAGUAAUGUAUAUAUUGUAAAUGUCAGCAUCCUAUAAAAAUGAACAGGAAACCAUGUAGAAUAAAGUGUACUGUAAUGGAAAGGAAGAGAAACUAGAUUUAGAUCAUGUGAGUCUGAAAAGGAGAGGGCCCUGAUGCUGCUCAGUGUGUUUCCUUCCUGACUUGCAUUCGUUAACUCCAUGACGUGUUGUAUAGUUCUUGUAUAUACGUGAAUGAGAGCUUUAAAUGUUAAUAUUUAUUAAAUUGUGAAAUGUUAGGAAAAUAUAAAAAGUGCAUUCAAAAAUAUUUGAAAAUGAAUCCAGUUUGUUACUGUACCAUCACAGUGAUGGUGAAACGUGUUGUAGCCUAUCCAAAAGUCAUGGCAAAGCCCUAGACACAGACUUCACUGAGUGACAGAGACCAUUAUUAUAUGAUGUCUCUGUGGAACCUUAACAUUCUUGAAUGCUAAACAAUGGUGUAGUUGAGUAUUGUGACAUAUACAUUGUAUUCCACAGGGAAGGUUUUGUUUUGUACUGGUAUUUUGUAUCCAGAUAGCACAGCGAUCUGUAUAUUUAUUUCUGAUCAUGUUUUUACAGCAGUAGCAAUAACAGUGGUGCUUUAUUGUGAAGAGAAUAUGCUUCUUCAGAAAAUGAAACACUGGCACACAUUUCUACACACUUUCCAUCAGGAGCAUACAUAUUUAAGAGUGUAACUGUCAUUACACAACUGUGAGUAAAAACAUUACUGUUUUCACAAGAACAAUGAGAUUGUGUCUGCAAUCUGUAGUUUACUUUAUACACUACUUUGUGGUGUGUUACAAAUGUCAAUAUAUAUUUUAUUACAGCUCUAAAAAUGUGAAAAAAAUUGGCUUUAAUAACUUCGGAUGUAUUCCCAAGACCUCAGUUUUAAUAAUGGAAUAACAGAUGUUUAUUAAGAAAUAAAAUGUCUUUGA